UCUAUCAAAUACUUGAAAGAAACUGUCUUUUUUUUAAUGAAUUAAACUGUUUAAGGUUUUAAUUGUUUCAUUACAUAAAAUACAUCGGUGGAGAACGGUUCUUAAAUGAUGUAUCAAAUACCUGAAAGAAACCGUCUUUUUGUGUAUGAAUUAAAUUGUCUAAGGAUAUAUCGGGACAUAACAAGGUAUCGUUCAACUUUGGUUACAGUUGGAGAUGUAAAAUUGAAUUAACAAUUUCUUUGAUGAAACAAACAUUAUUUACAUCUGUGAUAAAACAAGCAUGUUCUUUGGCUGUGAUGAAACAAGCGUAUAAUCUAACUCUGUGAUAAAACAAGCAUAUUCUUUUACUACUUAAUAAAACAAACAUUUUUGAGCUAUUUGAUGAAACAAACAUAUUCUUUAACUAUGUGAUGAAACAAACAUUUUUGAGCUUUGUGAUAAAACAAACAUAUUCUUUAACUAUGUGAUGAAACAAACAUUUUUUAGCUGGAUAAACAUCUUAUAAGGAAUUUAAACGAAAAUGACAACCAAACUAAUGCGACUCGCAUUAAAUCGGGUCGAGAAACUAAACACUAUAAAACCGCCUGAAAGAAUCGCCGACGACGUCGCUAAGUACCUGUCAAAGUACCCGACGAGAUGCGUUGAGCACGAGGAAACCGUAAAACGAUUCUGCGCCGACCACGACGUCUUAAUUUGUGACGUCUGCGGGCUGUCCAAUCACAAAUCAUGCCAAAACGUCAUGGGGUUCGACGACGCUUCUAAGGGCAUUAGAUCCAGCCGUGAUGUGACCCUGAUUGACAGCUCGCUCAAAACGAUGAUUAGUCAGUAUGAAAAGAUGUUUAAGGAGCAAACGGACAUUUUAACGAACCUCACUGACCAAGAUCGCGAGUUUGUGAAAGCGGUGAAAGCCUUCCGAAGCGAGAUAAAUGCCAUACUGGACCGGCUAGAAAACGCCAUAUUAGUCAAGAAAGAAAAUUAUACAACCCAGAGGAGAGAUAUUGUCAAAGAACACAAGCAAAGCUGCAAAACGGCCAUGACCUUGCUGGAUAACUACAGCAAAGACCUUGACCGCUGUUACCUUGGCAACGAUAAUGGAGCGCUGUUCGUUGUCAUGAAGAAAACACGCUUUGUCAUGGAUAAGUACGAAGAACAGCGCAAAAAGAUAUCCAAAGUUCCGAAGAAGGUUCAGUUAACGUUUAUUCCAAAUACAAGCAUUGCGAAGUUCUUCCUUACUCUAAAAGACUUCGGAGAUAUGAAGGCCGACAACUCUGUAAAGGACAUGGUACAGAACAUUGAAUCUCAGGCCAAACCCCUGGAACGACGGUCCUCCCGGGCGAGCCUACACAGCGGCGGGCUCCCCAACAUAGACCGGAAGAUGAGCGUCACCAGCCUCCCCACCGACCGCCGCCUCAGUAUAACGAAUGUGGGAGGAGGUGAAAGAAUCAACAUUCAUUCAAGCACGGGGAGUCGUUCAGAGCGCGGGAAGAGCAGUCUCAACCUCCCCCGUAUCGAGUCCUCAAUCCAGGCCCUAAACAACGACAACCUGGUCAAGGCCCGUAAGCCAGUCCAUGUUGGGGACAUAUCCGUGUUUCUAGACACCGAUACCGACACACCAUUUAUAACAGGCGUGACGUUUAUGCCAGACGAUAGUGUAGUUGCAGCAGAUGACGCCAAUAGAAGCAUCAAGGUGUUCACGCAUGCGUUUUUCCCUGUUGCCAUGACAGCGCUGACGUCACCACCACGUGAUGUUGCACCAAUUAAACCACAGCUAGUUGCUACAACGAUUCCUUCCGAGAAAGCGAUACAAUUUAUCGAACUUGGCGGGAAAGAACUGAUACUACGAAAGAAACUGACUCUAGACUUUGAAUGUUUUGGAAUAACGUGCUAUAACCAAGAGUUAUACGUCACUUCCGGAUUUUCGAACGAACGAGAAAUCAGAAUAAUGUCGCAAAAUGGAGAAGUUCGGAAACGCUUUCGACCAGGAAUAGUAGACCUAAGAUACCCAUUGUACAUUGAGGUUGAUCCUAGAUUUAAGACGAUUUUCGUGACGGAUUACAACCAUGGAGUUAUCGGACUUGAUUUAACCGCGGGGGAAUUAAAGUUCAAGUGCAAAGAUACGGAUGUGCACGGGUAUUAUAAAGGAGUGACCAUGGGCCACAAGGGUGAUGUUUUCGUGUGCACGUGGAAUUUGCACGGAGUCAGUAAAGUCCAUUUAGAUGGUCGUGGUCUAGAAACGAUUAUCCCGAUGCCGGGCAAAGAAGGGAGGAAACCUCAUUCGAUAGCGUUUAGCAAGAAAUCAGCACGUCUUAUUAUCUCCAUGUGUGGUGGAAAACGGGCGUGUCUAUCUGUGUAUAGAUAUCAGUAAAGAAUUAGAACAUGAGCCCGGGGAAAUUGUAUAUCAUUUAUAUUCUAUUUUGAAAUAGUGCUUUCUGAACUAUGUAUCUGUUUCUUGAAAUGAUUGAUAUAACCACAUAUUUACAGGAUAAAUAGUAUAUACUUUACGUAUUUGAACUCAGGUAUUGCAGGAAAUUGAUCGUAUGUGCAUCAGCAUAACCUACUUAUCAUUCAGCUUUAUAAACGGUCUUGAAUAUUAUUUACAAAUAUAUAGAAAUAAAUCAAACACACCAUCAUGGCA